AUGGAGAAGCUAAAAGCUUUGAAGUUGACAUGCACAUGCACAUGUUUUGAUGAGAGUAACUUAGAAUUGAAGUUAGUCUCAUCACCAUCAUCAUCACCAUCAUCAGGCAAAUAUCUGAGUGUGCACACACUCGAUAAAGUAAAAUCAGCACUUGAAAGAGCAGAGAAAGAACCAAUUAGGAAACGAUCAACAACGCUGUGGAAAUCCCGGUUAUCACCAUCAUAUUCUUCAUCAUCUUCUUCCAUGAAAGAUCUUUCAGAUGAUGAAGAUGAAGAAAAACUUACAUCUUCACCCGUGGCUGCAGGUUGUCCAGGUUGCUUAUCAUAUGUAUUGAUAAUGAAAAAUAAUCCGAAAUGUCCUAGGUGCAGUACUGUUGUUCCGUUGCCAAUGGCAAAGAAGCCUCGAAUCGAUCUCAAUAUUUCAAUUUGA